AUGCCCUCUCCCGACGAGACGCAGCAACCAGGUUCGGAUGCGCAGACACCUCCUGUGAAGCGACAGCGCGUCUCUCAAGCAUGCAAUAAUUGCAAGAAUAGAAAGACCCGACAACCAGUCUGCCAGGCCUGCGAAAGCAGAGGCGUUUCAAGCUCGUGUAACUUUGAUCAGACCCGUCGACAACGUGCAAGGGUCUCCUAUACCAGUCCACAGCAUCAGACUGCUUACCGCACCGAGCCGAUAGCACAUAAUGAUGCUGCUCAGGCCUUGUCAGAUCUGGGCCGCUCACAAAACUCGAUUGGAAAUGGUACUCACGCUUCAGGAAUGCGGCCAAGCAUAGCCGUUCAAUCUCCCUCCUCACAUCCUGACUUCUCCUCACGACGGGAUACCAUCUCAUCGGUUUCGCGCCCUCAUCCAAGCGAGAUCUCGAACGCCCGUCCUGAUGGCUUAGCUACUGUCGCUGCUGGAAGUGAUGAUGCGAUCUACGGACCAAGCUCGACGAUGGCAUUCCUCAAAAAUGUCAUGCCAAACCAAAGCCGCCAUGGUUCAGUGACGCCUGGUGGGCACGCACAGAGCAGCAGCCGCGCUAGUUUGGAUGUCAAAGGCGGCACUACACCCGCAUUACCGGAUCGCAUCGCGACUCGAGCGGACGGCCUUGCUGUGUUGCCUAUGAGACGGCAGGCUGAUAACUUCCUGCUUUGCUAUUGGGACUUUAUACAUCCGUUAUUUCCUGUCCUGCACAAGCCAACAUUCCUUCGCAAGUACGAUCGCUUGUGGACUGAAGGCGAUGAAGCUCAAACGCAUUACGACACAGAGGCUGAAGAAGCCAUCUUCACUUCGACACUGAACUUGGUCUUUGCUCUAGGUUGCAAGUUCAGCGGCUUGAUUGAUGCCUCUCAGAAGGCUUCAGUAGCAGACGACUUUUACCAGAGGUCGCGACAGUCUUACCCGUUCGACAUCCUGGACUCAACCUCAAUCUCGCUGGUGCAAAUGCUUAUCCUAACCGGCGUCUACCUACAGUCCACGCAAUAUGCGAGCCGAUGCUGGAACUCGGUUGGACUCGCUAUCCGGAUGGCUCAGAGUCUGGGUCUCCAUGUUGAUCACAGCAGUCGAAAGUCCAUCACUCAACUUGAGCUGGAGAUGCGGCGUCGCAUUUGGCAUACUUGUGUCCAUCUCGACAGACUAUUAGCCAUGACCUUUGGUCGGCCGUCAAUGAUCGGCCGUAACACCGAUGUACCAAUACCAGGCUUGAUCGACGACGAAUACCUAGGUGAUCGAAGCCAUGGUUCACAGCCUGCAAACGCACAUUCUCGACUUGGACUUUUCGUCUCAUCCUGUCGACUGUUCGACCUGCUUGAGGAGAUUCUCGAGCUCUUCUACCGCGACAGCUCUGGUGUUGUCUCGCACAGACAAAUCCAGGGCGUAACGCGCACCGCUGAGCUACUGACACCCGUCCUGGACCUCAAUCGGCGUCUUGACGAAUUUGUCGAGGGUGUUCCAGAAUACCUGCAAGUACCUGCCCGACCUACAGCGACGGCAACGCAUGACGAUCAUAUCAACCUACAGCAACAAGUCCUGUAUUGCCGGUUUCUUUACGUCCGACUACUGCUACUUCGUCCGCUCCUGUUGAUGGCGACGAGACGAGACUCGAAGCCUGCAACAUCAUCUUCGCUGGACGAUGAAGUUAUUCGGAGCUGCUGCAAUCUGUGUACUUUGACGGCUUGUAGGCUCAUCGAUACACUGUACGCCAAUCUGGGAACGCUUUACCGAAGCUCAGGGUGGCAUACCGUGUACUUCACCUUCUCGGCCGCCAUAGUGCUAAUGGCGUCGUCGAAGAUCGACGAGGUACAACGAGUGUCAAAGAGCGAGAUGGAGGCUUCAUGGGAUCGCUGCCUCCUGAUUCUGGACCACUACGAGAACCAAAUCCAAUCCGCGAAUCACGCAAAGCACAUCUUACGCACAAUGAAGACUCGGAUCUCCGAUGUUGCACGAGCUCAAGACCAGCAACCCGGCUUCACUCACAUCAACACCGUCGCCAAGCCAACACAAAAUGGACAUGGAAGUGCACCAGAACCCGACAUUUACUCACAGCUCCAUCUGGACGACAUCGAUCUCUUCAGCGCCGACAACAUCUCCGAAUCCUGGUUUGGCCAACAGCUCGGAGCUAUCAAUUUGGAUUGGCUCGAACUGCCUCAGUAUUGA